AUGGUUCACCGUCAGAGCCAGGACCUGGAAAUUGACCGACACAAAUGGUGGCUAAUCUCGGUCAAAAAACCUCCACGGGAUAUAGUUGAUCGACUGAUGGAGCCGCAGACGGCGGUGCAUUUUCUGGAGUUUUGCUUCUCCGGUAUACUCCCGAAUGGCAAAGAGACUGCAUUGGAAAAACUAAAUCCAGAUGACAUGCAAUACUUGCAUGCAAGUCCGGAAGGUGACGAGGAUGGCCGGCCGAUAUCUGAACGCGUCAUGAGUCGUGUCGGGUCUGUCGAGGACAGCGAUAGGCUAUGUCUUGUUGUUGGGAAGAAUAUUCAAUCCAUGAAGAAUCGUACGUGCGAAGGGAUCAUACCUCUCUCGGAGCAGCGGUGGAAGGAGAAGGGUCUCGACCAGGAGGAUCAUUUUGAUAUUGCCUGCCAAUCUCGAUCGGCUGUGGUUGCAGCCUGGGAAUAUCUCAACCAGCCGCGCGUGGCGAAGAACAUGCGGGACACAUUUCACCUGCUCUGGGGACACUGGGAGGAGCUGGAAGUAAUGAUUAACCGGCAGCGCAUGAUUGAUCAAGAACCGCCUGUCAGUGUGACACGGCUGUGGCUUCAGUUUAUCGUUGCUCAUUUCCAGGUAGUCGCAGAGCGCGCGCAUCGCUGGGUGAUUGUCCAUGUCAAUGCACUACGCGCCCCCCUCCUGCAGCGACUGGCCGCUCAUCGUCCUAUGAAUCUCGAUGUUGUGGAUUCUUUACAAUGGAAGUUAACCGAUCGCCUUCACAUGCUGGUGGAGAUUGCAUCGGUUGCAGACUAUGCGAUCAUGAUCCCCAUGCAUGGCUACAACGGAUACACGCCACCACCAAUUCCGCCUCAUAUUCUACCUGCGCUGAGGGAUGCCCAUGCGGACUGGGACUUGCUCACCCUGCUGUUCCAGAAGGCAGGCCAGAGCGGGCUGGAGAUCUGUCCUGGACGAGAGGUGGUCACGGAAUUUGGCAUUGGCGAUGGGGUCCCAUCCGAGCCCGGGGAUUUCUCCGGAGACCGGUACAGUAUUGCCCUUUUCAAUCAGCCGUGCAAGGAUGCCCUGAUCCAAGGGGCCCCGGAAGAAGUAUACCCACUUGUUACUGGGGAGGAAUUCAAUACUCCAGCUAUGAAGCGGAAUUUUGCUGCACUGCAGGAAACGUUGAAGAGGAAGGAGGCAAAGUGGAAUCUAAGGGCAGCAAUAAUUGCUACUUGA